AUGGACCUGGUGGAAGGGAAGAAGAUCUCCUGCAAGAAACUCCCCAUCUUCCUGCUCUUCGGCUUCACCUUCGGCUCCGGUUUCUUAGUUUCUCUUCAUCACUUGAGGAUUUCCAAGCCUGAACACUACGAUUAUGAUCUCUCUGCACAGACAGCUUAUGUUGCGAAUACCAGCGCCCCGCUGGUGGGCAGGCGCAGGUUGACCAUCCUGCUCUGGCAGUGGCCCUUUGGGCAGCACUUUGACUUCAUAAACUGCACGAUGUUCUACAGCACCCCCAACUGCCACAUCACCGUCAACCGCAGCUGGUCCCAGGAGGCUGAUGCUGUGAUAAUGCACCACAGGGAUGUGUACAGGGACACCAAGAGGCUGGCCAAGCUCCCCAGACUCCCGUCCCAGCGCUGGAUCUGGUUCAACUUGGAGUCCCCGAGUCACACGCCAAACUUAAAAGCCAUGGACAACCUCUUCAACCUGACCAUGUCUUACCGGAGAGACUCAGACAUCUUCGCCCCUUAUGGGGAGCUGCAGCUCCUUAGCCAACCCCAGCCCCUCAGCAUCCCACCCAAGACCAAGCUGGUGGCCUGGAUAGUCAGCAACUGGAGAGCUGACUCCCAGCGGGUAAAGUACUACAAGGAGCUGAAGAAGCACAUCGAUGUGGACAUCUACGGAAGGUAUCAUUUGCCUCUGCCCCAGCAGGAGCUCCUUCCCACUAUAUCCCAGUACAGCUUCUACCUGGCUUUUGAGAACUCGCAGCAUGAAGACUACAUCACCGAGAAGCUCUGGAGGAACGCCUUGUCCUCUGGCACCGUCCCUGUUGUGCUAGGGCCUCCUCGAGAAAACUACGAGCGCUUCUUGCCCCCUGACUCCUUCAUCCAUGUCGAUGACUUUGCCAGUGCCAGGGACCUGGCGCGGUACCUGCAGGAGCUGAGCAGGGAUGCUGAGAGAUACCAGCGCUAUUUCCAGUGGCGCAAGUGGUUGAAACCCGUGGUGGGGGCUAACUGGUCUCUGCACCUCUGCAGAGCUUGUCACUUCUUGCAGACAACAGAGGCCAGGUACCGGGCUGUGCCCAACCUGUCUGAGUGGUUCGUGUAG